GAGCUUACGCGGAGUUGGAGAGACGAAAGCGUGGGCAGGAUUCGUUGCGUUGCGCUGCGUUGCGAUGGGGUAUAAGAACGGUUGGCGAACGUCCUCGACACUUCAGUCCUCUGCAGAAAGCAAGUCAAGAUGGCUCUAGAACGUCAAGUCCGUGCCAAGCUCGCAGGAAAACGCGACCCCGAACAGGAGAAAGAGGCCAAGGAAUGGAUCGAGUCCAUCCUUGGAAAGAAACUCUUCGCCAACGAGGCCUACGAAGAUGUUCUCCGUGACGGACAAGUCCUUUGUCAGCUGAUGAACAAGCUGAAGCCUGGUUCCAUCCCCAAGAUCAACAGCACCGGUGGACAAUUCAAAAUGAUGGAGAACAUCAACGUGUUCCAGAAAGCUUUGAAAGAAUACGGAGUGGCAGACGUCGACGUUUUCCAGACAGUCGAUCUUUGGGAGAAGAAGGACAUCUCCCAAGUGACCACAACUCUCUUCGCUCUUGGUCGACAGACGUACAGACACGAGGAAUGGAAGGGACCUUACCUAGGACCCAAGCCCUCCGAAGAAUGCAAGCGUGACUUCUCCGAGGAGACCCUUCGUGCAGGACAAGGAGUCAUCGGUCUUCAGGCUGGUUCCAACAAGGGAGCUACCCAGGCUGGACAGAGCCUUGGAGCAACCCGCAAAAUCCUCCUGGGAAAGUAAACAGUCGAUCGUAAUAAGCGUACGUGAAAAAUCAAUCAACCAUCAACAACAACAACAACAACAACAACAACAACAACAACGAUAACGAUAACGACAGUCAUAUAUCUGCAGAGAUGCCUUCUCCCACUCCGCACAAACAUAAAUUUAUAUUUUGUAUGUAUAUAUAUAUAUAUAUUAUAUAUUUAUUUAUUUUAAUUUUUGUAACUGAAAAAUAAUAUAACGGUAUUAUUUACAUUAUUCGAAAGUUUUCCACAAUGUUAAUUGUCCUCAAGCUAGACAGUUAAAUUAUUAAUAAAAUCAGCCAAACUUUCGUUCGUA